GUAGGUAAUGUUAUGUUGGUUAGGGGAUGGGACAGGACCAUUCUCUUGCUAGCCUCUACUAUAGUACUAUGCAAAGAAAACGCAUGACCGACUGUUCUAACUAGCCAUUUCUGCGAUAUUUUGGAGGUCACCCUGACUUCACCUUUCGGCACCUCUGACAUCCUGUGCGACUCCGGUCACGUGCGUGAGGGAAGCAGCUUUUGGAUGCAGGCUGCUUUCGGAGCCAGUUUUAGCCCUUCCAUGUCCUCCCCCAACACGAUCGCCAAGCUGGAUUUCCUGCAGAUGAAACACCUGAAGCGAAAGCGGAAGAGCAACUACAGCGUGAAGGAGACGCAGACUCUUAUCCGGGAGAUCCACAAACGCAAGGACAUCCUCUUUUCCAGGCAGCAGAACACGGCCAUCAAUGAGCUGAAGCGGCGGGCGUGGGACGAGGUGGCGGACUGCGUCAACGCGCUGGGCGAGGGCGAGCUGCGCACGGCCGCUGAGGUCAAGCGCAGGUACCUGGACUGGAGGGCGCUCAUGAAGCGCAAGCAGAUCCGAGCCGAGCUCUCGGGACUCAAAAGCGAGUAUAAUCCCUCGUCCCCGGACAAUGAGAACUCGCUGAGUGGGGACCAGUCGCUGGACCUGAGUGGGUUCCCCAAGGACUCGGCCUGCGACUGGCAGGACCUCUCGGACCUGGGCGAGCCCAGCAGUCACACCUCGUCCGGCAUCAAGAUGGAGGAUGAGGAGGCCAGCAGCUACAGGCUGGAGGGUGAGGGCGGGGAGGGGGAUGGAGAGGCUGAGGGUGAAGAGGAGGAUGAAGACUGUUUCCCGUCCAUCCUGCCGGACAUGGAGCGCGAGGGCCGUGUCCCGGAGGUGUUCGCCCACAUCGACGAGUUCGGUGUGCUGAGCUCCUCCAAGGCCGCGGGCGGCCGGGACCUGGGGCUGGGCGUGGCCGGGGCGGGCGUAACCGGGGGCGACAGCACGGGGCUGCUCAUCGCCCUGGAGAAGCAGCGGCUGGACCUGGAGAAGCACAGGCUGCAGGUGGAGACGGAGCGGCUGCAGGUGGAGAAGGAGCGCCUCCUGGUGGAGAAGGACAAGCUGCGGCAGGUGGACGUGGAGCACGAGCGGCUGCAGCUGGAGAAGGAGCGGCUGCAGGUGGAGCGGGAGCGCCUCAGGCUGCUCAUGUUCCAGGCGGAGCGGCCGCCCCCGCCCUCCUCCAUGGACUGCGAGAAGGACAGGAAGCCCUGGCCGCCCGCCGUCGACCUGGAGGCCGAGAAGCUGAAGCUGGAGAAGGAGAGGCUCCAGCUGGAGAAGGAGCGCCUGCAGUUCUUCAAGUUCGAGUCGGGCCGGCUGCAGAUCGAGAAAGAGCGCUUCCAGGUGGAGAAAGAGAGGCUACAGCUGCACAAGGACGGCCAGCAGAUGGCACUACACCAGGGGCACUAGCGUGUUCGGAGGAGACCUUUCUGAGAGACAGAGAUUUGAGAUUGCGGGGCGGGGGGGGGGCAGACAUAUCAGGACUGAAAGCUCAAGUGUGCGGUUGCCUUGAAAUUCAGAUGGUAAAAACGGAUCGCAGGAUUGGUCCGUAGAAGCCAGUGUGUGCAGGCGUGUUUUAUUUUUUUCACCCAAACCUUUGGUCAGUUCAGUUAGUAACUCAGAUGAUUAUGUGUGCAAAGUGUUCAGUCGUUUUAAGAGUCCUGGGGAAUAUCCAGGACACUGUCUGUCUAUCAACGGGUCUACCGACGAUAAUACAGAGGGGAGUCUUUGAAUAAUACAUACCUUAUUGUUUAUUUUCCUUUUCCGGCCCCUAUGUUGAGUGGACUGGAGGCCCAUUUCCCCUCCGAGGUGUGCUUUGAUAUUUAAGAAUCCUAUGGCAAUGAAUGCCUUGGUGCUGUACUUCGAUACAGCAUCAUUUUACUCUAACUGUACCAGUAGCAUCAGUGCUGUGUAAUGCACAUCACCCCAAAAAACGAUUACACCUCGGACAGUGCUGCCUCGUGUGUUGGUUUAGCUUUUUUCUAUGAAUUUUAUCUUCUAUCAGAGGAAUCAUCAAAUCACAGUCCUCAAGGUCCAAGAACUGCUGGUUUUUCCACCCUUUACCUGGGUGUGAAUACAGUCUGGCCAAUCAGUAGCACUAAUUGUUCAGCUAAUUUCAUGGGAGAAAGGACCAGAUUUGAUGAUUGCUGUUCCAUAAAAUCUAUAAAUCAGAUGAGUCGAAAUAAAAUCGUGUGACAGUUAGUGUUUGUGUAAAGUGCUAUCUGUACCGUAUAUACAGUAGGAAUUUUCCGGUCAGAUCUGUGCCAGUGGUAACACUGAAUGGGGUGCAUAUCCAGCAGCUUUUUGUGCUUACUGUAGAAGCUAUUGAGCAGAACACCGUGUCUCAUAUCAUUUGCAAAUUUUCAAAGUUUCUACAAUGUUCUACAAUCGUAUACAGUGGGGUGCAAAAAUGUCUGUUAGAAUGAUUGAAGGCAAGCCCGAACUCUAAAUGGUACAGUUAAACAUGAGACCUGCAAAUUUUGAGCAAGAUUGCUUUUUAUUUUUAUACAAUUUAUUUUAUUUUUUACAUUUUUUACCAAAAAAAGGGUCCUGUGCAAAAGUUAUUUUUAAACUGUGAAAUUAAAUAAAAAGUAAUCUUGCUUUAAAACUUGAAGAAAUGUGUCAUGUUUAAUGUUUAGUGGUUUGCUUCUGUUCACUUAUUCAUUGUAAAAGGCUUUUUGACCAGGGGUGCUAAAUCUUUGCGCACUACUGUACAUUAGUGGAGGUUUUUUCAGUGGCCUAAAAAAAGCCAAACAAAACAACACACCCCCUUGCUUAUUUAACAUUUCAUCCUGUUAUUGUGCCAAGUUCAUAAAAUCAAAUGUACACUAGCCAAUUACCAGGAGAUAUUCAGUAGCCUGAUUGCUAGGUGUUCAUCGCUUCUGUGUCCUUCAUAAAAUGCAACUGGAUCUACACCAGUUAGCACUGGUGCACUACACUUUCUCUUGUGCCAACAGCACAAAUGAAAAAAAAAAAAAAAAAAUGAAACCUGAGAUGUCCAGCUUGCUGGCAAGUUUAAACAUUUCCAGUCUGUUUAUUGUUUCAUGUUCGGUUUUCUUUUUUCUUCACAUAAAGACACUCCAUAUGAAGUCGUGGUUCAAACGUGAGACUUGGCAACAUGUAAUCGCUUUUUUUGUGCAACCAGAAGCCUCUGAUUCAAAUGUGGGUUCUUCUCCAAUAGCUAAUGAACACUGUGUCACACAUAGGCUGGGGAAAUUACACUUCCAGCUAUCAUUCACAAGAACAGGACAUGCCUAUGACACGCUCUUCAGCAGGGGGUGUUGCUGUCCAAAACAUGGAAGGGAGAUGAAUAGACUCCUUAAAAGAUGUUUCAAGAGGUUUGGGGACCAUUCGUGCCCAUUUGGCUGAGACUCAUCUGGCACCAGUGUUUUGUACUGUCAGCUCAGUUUAGUUUUUUUGGCAUUCUAGACUGCAAACAACUAGAUAUCUUUAUCAGUAACUAAAUAUGGGCACUGGAUAUCACGGUGUUCUGAAAAAAAAAAUUUGAUAUUGAGAUACUAGUGUUUUUCUUCUUCAUCGGUGAAACAGUGUCUUGGAGUAGGUUAAACCUGGAUUGAUUCUGGUUUCUUGUCCAUAGUACCGCAAGUGCAUUCUUUCAUUCAGUAUCAGAUCAUACAUGUGUACUCCAUGGUAUAAGCUGUUAUUUAGAGGAAGAGGAAAAUAGAUGGCAAUUGUGAAAAAUGCUAUUUACUGUUAACUAUGUAAUGUGUGUAGAAGAACCUAUUUAACGACGAAGCACAAAUGUAAGGUGUAAGUAGGGAGGUUGGGUUAGCAUCUUUAAAGCAGUUGUGAGAGUUUGUAGUUUUCCUUGGUCUCUGCUGAUGGACAUUACUGCUGCCUUCCUGUUACUGUACUGAAAAUCUGAUAUGCUGUCAAAAGAGAAGCCAGGAAUGAGAAUACUGCCUGUUUUGUUGUUGUGUAUUUUAUUAUACAGAAUAAAAAGCUCAAACUUAA